AUGGUGCUGAGGAACAAUGCUAUUGAACCCCCUCCUCCUAUUGGUGGUCAGAAUGAAGUGUCCGGUGUCCGGGGCUCUUUAACGCCCAUCCAAUCUCUUUGCGUAGAAGGCGCCCGGCAGAGCUGGCGUUGCCCUGGUAACCGGUGUGACGUCACCCGCAGAUCCCGGCGAGCUCGCGCUGGCAGCAUCCCCGGGACGGCGAGCAAAGGAGGAAGCGGGCCGCCUGAGGGAUGCCUCCGCCCGGCCACACCGCGACCCAUGGAGCUCCACCUGGCUCUGCUCGACAACCUGACGGCGCUGGGCGGCACGGCGGCCGGGGGAAGGGAUGGCGCCUCCUCCGGUACCAACCGGAGCUCCCCGGAGCCGGGUGAGGAGGCGGCGGUGGGGGGAGGGAGCCCCCUGGUGCACGGGGUGGCCGUGGCAUGCCAGGCUCUGCUGCUGCUUGCCAUCUUCCUGCUGUCGUGCCUGGGCAACUGUGCCGUCAUCCUGGUGAUCGCCAAGCACCGGCAGCUGCGCACCGUCACCAACGCCUUCAUCCUGUCCUUGUCCCUGUCCGACUUCCUCAGUGCCCUGCUGUGCCUUCCCUUCUCCUUCAUGCUGCUCUUCUCCCGGGGUGGGGUCUGGCUCUUCGGGGACCGCUUCUGCUUCGCCAAUGGCUUCUUCAACUCCUGCUUUGGCAUCGUCUCCACCCUGACCAUGACCCUCAUCAGCCUGGACCGCUACUACGCCAUCGUCCGCCAGCCCCGCGAGAAGAUGGGGCGCGCCAGGGCCACGCAGCUGUUGGCCGCGGCUUGGUUGGCGGCCCUGGGCUUCUCCUUCCCCUGGUACCUGCUGGCCAAGGAGCAAUGGGUGGUCCACAAGAGGGGCUACUACCACUGUAUGUACGUGUUCCACUCCGCCGGCUCCAGGCUGGGGGCCACCUACAGCAUCUCGCUCAUCGUCCUCUGCUACCUCCUGCCCUUCGGCCUCAUGUGCUUCUGCCACUACAACAUCUGCAAGGCCGUGCGGCUGUCGGAGAUCCGCGUCCGGCCCGUCACCACCUACGCCCACCUACUGCGCUUCUACAGCGAGAUGAGGACGGCCACCACCGUGCUGAUCAUGAUCGUCUUCAUCAUCUGCUGCUGGGGGCCCUACUGCGUCAUGGGCCUGGUGGCCGCCGCCGGCGACUACCCCUUCACGCCGCUCAUGGACACCGUGGCCAUCUGGAUGGCGUGGGCCAACGGGGCCAUCAACCCGCUCAUCUACGCCAUCCGCAACCCUAACAUCUCCAUACUCCUCGGGCGCAACCGAGAGCAGGGCUACAGGACUAGGAACAUCGCCGCGUACCUGUGCACGCAGGGUCAGAGCCGGGAGGUCAGGGGGAGGGCCGACCCCGUUCGAGAUCGCUACACCAACAGACACGGCCAAGGCAGCCGGGUAUCCUCUUCUAGUCCGGCCAACGGUGGCGACGUGGCCAUGUGGGCCUGCAAGAACCCCACUGUGCUCUUUUGCCGGGACGGCCAAGCGGACACCAUGUCGGAGCCUCCCGGUAUAAAAUCUGAGACUGCAGACACGAGCCUUUGAGGUUUUCUUCUAGUAAUGCCCACUGGUUGGGUGACAAACUCUCUUCAGGUAUGCCGCUUGAGGGAAAACAACAAAAUGUUCCUCCGGAUUAUCAAGGAUUGGAUCGGAAGAUCCCUAGGAUUUCUUUAUGUGCAUCGUAUCCGUUUUACAACCCAAGUAUUGGCAGCGAGGAGCACAAGGCUAUACAAGGUUACAGACCGAAAUUCAGUCAGGUGAUGACACGGCGGUCUGAAACGCGUCGUAUCGGAAGAUCGCAGAAUCAAAGGGGAGACGUAACCAGCAGUAUCUGAUUUUAAAGGACGUGGCCAACAAAACCAGGAGAAGUCUCUUUUUUUUUUUAUUUUAUUUAUUUUAGUUAUUUUUUUGCUCAGCAGGAAACAAUCUUCUUGUUUUUGGAAAAGAUUACAGCAAUGUGUAAAAAGUGUGACCCUCACCUCCACCUCUCUGAUAAAUGUAAUACUGUAUGGCAGUGCAAUGUCAUCUGAUUGCUUUUCUUCUCUUAUGUACUUGAAUUGUAAGCUCUUGUUAGCCGGCCAUAGACCGUUCCAAUCUCGGUUGGUUCAGCGGGGACCGCCAAGAUUCGAACCAUGUAUGGGCAGGCUGAUGGUACCCAAGUUUAUCGAUGCAACCAGAUUUUUCUACACAUGGUUACUGCCAGCAGCUAUAGGUGCUAGCAGUGACUAUUGUAUUCUGGCUAGGAAUGCUUCUGGAGCCCCCUGCUGGCAGAAUACAACAGCACAGCAGGAGGCAUUUCUCCCAUAAACAGUGGCUGUCUUGAUGAGGGAACUCAACAAUUUUUCUUUCCUUCGAACCCAUGGUGGAAGGAAAAAAAAUCGUAUAAUCUAUGGCCAGACUUGGGGCUCGUUCUGAUGAGUGGCAGUGCUUGCCAUUCCUCUGAGGCCUGGUUCACACGGGUGAUUACUUCUCUGUCCUGUGCUUUGCCAUGUUUUGUUGGCAUAGGAUGCACAAGUGUCGCAUUAAUCUCUGUGCCAGCAGUCCCAUUGUGACAUCCUAGUGCAGGGAUGGCGAACCUCGGCACCCCAGAUGUUUUGGAACUACAUUUCCCAUGAUGC